CACUCCCCAUAAUUUCACUCUGCCCCCUCCCAUGUUCCUGUAUUUCCGCCCAUACCUUUCCUGUCAUCGUCACCGUCUCCUCCUCUCCACUUUCUUGAGAAACCCUAAUCCUAAGAGCUCUAAACCCUUGCUUCCCUGCCUCCUCCCUCACUCGAUCCGCCGACUGUCCGGCCAGAUUGCGGCCAUGGACGCCACCGUCGACUCCCUCCGCAGGGCCGUGUCGGAGAAGCAGGCGGCAGCCGAGAAGCAGGGCGAGAUCGUCCGCGCAAUGAAGGCGGACUCGGGAGCGUCUAAGCUGGAGAUCGAUGCAGCUGUUGAGGGCCUCAAGGGUCUCAAGGCGGAGGUCUCCGCGCUGUCCGCUGAGCUACAGGCGAAGCUCGCCGUCGAUGGGUCUAAUGGGGGGGGCCUCAGCAGGGAGGCGUUUAGGGAGAAGGUGGUGAACACCCUUGAAAGGAGGCUCUUUUACAUUCCUUCGUUCAAGAUCUACCGGGGCGUGGCCGGGCUGUACGAUUACGGGCCUCCUGGUUGUGCUAUCAAGUCGAACGUCCUUGCCUUCUGGCGGCAGCAUUUUGUGCUUGAGGAGAAUAUGUUGGAGGUGGACUGCCCUUGCGUCACCCCUGAAGUUGUGUUGAAGGCUUCAGGCCACGUAGACAAGUUCACAGAUCUCAUGGUGAAAGAUGAGAAAACUGGAACAUGCUAUCGAGCAGAUCACUUGCUCAAAGAUUACUGCAAGGAGAAACUUGAGAAGGACCUCACGCUACCUGUUGAGAAGGCAGAGGAACUGAAACAUGUGCUUGCGGUUCUUGAUGACCUAUCUGCUGAAGAACUUGGUGCAAAGCUCAAGGAAUAUGGCAUAACUGCACCUGAUACAAAGAACCCCCUCUCUGAUCCAUACCCUUUCAAUUUGAUGUUUUCUACGUCUAUUGGCCCAUCUGGCUUGAGUCCAGGGUACAUGAGGCCAGAAACAGCACAAGGCAUCUUUGUGAACUUUAAAGACCUAUACUAUUACAAUGGCAACAAACUCCCUUUUGCUGCUGCACAGAUUGGCCAGGCCUUCAGAAAUGAGAUAUCUCCUCGGCAAGGGCUUCUCCGAGUUCGUGAGUUCACUUUGGCUGAGAUUGAACAUUUUGUGGAUCCAAACAAUAAAUUACAUACCAAAUUUAAAGAUGUUGCUGAUUUGGAGUUUUUGAUGUUCCCGAGAGAAGAACAAAUGUCUGGAAAGUCAUCUAGAAAGCUUCGCCUUAGUGAUGCGGUCUCAAAGGGAACCAUUAAUAAUGAGACCCUAGGCUACUUUAUUGGGAGGACAUACCUCUUCUUAACAUCACUUGGUAUCAACAAAGAUCGUUUGCGCUUCCGCCAGCAUUUACCCAAUGAGAUGGCCCAUUAUGCAGCAGAUUGUUGGGAUGCAGAGAUUGAAUGCUCUUACGGUUGGAUUGAGUGUGUUGGUAUUGCUGAUAGGUCUGCAUACGAUCUACAUGCACACACGGAAAAAAGUGGUGUCCCAUUGGUUGCCCAAGAGAAGUAUCCAGAACCAAGGGAGGUUGAGAAACUGAUAAUUGCUCCUGCAAAAAAAGAGCUUGGGAUUGCAUUCAAGGCUGAACAGAAAAAAAUUGCUGAAGCCCUAGAGGCCAUGACUGAAAAGGAAGCCAUGGAAAUGAAAGCUAAUCUAGAAUCAGCUGGGGAGGUUGAGUUCCACGUAUGUACUCUUGGCAAGGCUGUUAAAAUCUCCAAAAAGAUGGUCUCAAUUUCAAAGGAGAUUAAGAAAGAGCACCAAAGGGUAUUUACGCCAUCUGUUAUUGAACCCUCUUUUGGUAUUGGAAGGAUAAUCUACUGCCUCUUUGAGCAUUCCUUCUACACAAGACCAAGCAAAGCUGGUGAUGAGCAGCUGAAUGUGUUCAGCUUCCCUCCACUAGUUGCACCGAUCAAAUGUACUGUGUUUCCCCUGAUUCAGAAUCAGCUGUACGAUGAAGUUGCAAAACAGAUAUCUAAAUCAUUGACUGCAGCUGGGAUAUCACAUAAAAUAGAUAUAACAGGUACAUCCAUUGGUAAACGAUAUGCAAGAACUGAUGAGCUUGGUGUUCCAUUUGCCAUUACUGUUGAUUCCACAACCUCCGUGACAAUCCGGGAGAGGGACAGUAAAGACCAGAUCCGAGUAUCAGUUGAGGAGGUCUCAUCAGUGAUGAAGGAGGUGACAGAUGGGCAGAGCACCUGGGCCGACAUUCUUUGGAGGUACCCCACUCAUUCCUCAGGGCCAGCUGAGUGAGCUAUUUGGCUUUUUAUGUGCACCGCGUAGAUUAUGAAAAAGGCCAAAUCUCAGAAGAAGAAGUUUUGGAUUUUCAUAGAGAAUUUUGGAUACAUUUUCAUAAUUAUGAUAUGGGGGAAAUUUAUUUGAUAUUGGAUACUUCAUUUGAUAAUAUGACCGAGAAAAGUUUGUUUC